AUGGCCAAAAGAAAGAUACAUUACUCUGAUAACGUCGUCUUCUGGUGGGAUCGAAUUGCAAAUCACUUCAUGAAGCAUACUUUCACUUUAAAUUCAAGUGGGCCCAACGAUUAUUCCACACUUUUUGGAAAAUUCUACCGCCACUACAGCCUCCACAGAUGUAAUACAGCCUUGUUAGUUGCAUACAGACAUGGAGAAAAGGCAAUGGUCCUGCUUACCCAAGUGUUAGCAAUGUUCAAGAGCCAGGCUAGGGGGGGCGCGACCAGGAUGAGCUUGUUGCAGGCUAAUCCAUAUUGGGUGAAGUUGAGUUAUCCAUGCACAUGCGUCACAGACAAGGGAGCAUAUGAAUCCGAGCCGAAUGAGACGGACCAAAAAAGCGCCUUCUAUCCACCGGCUCAGACGGCCCGAGUCCGUAACCACGUAUAUCGGAUCAGCAGUCGAUGGCACCCAGUCGAAGGGGUUCCGCGUGGAUUGGCAUGCGCCGAAAUCCAGGCUUCCGGCAUGCCGGAUACGCCGCUCGAGGCGGCAGUGGUGGGUGCAGAGAGUGUGGAAAAUUGCUAUUCGUCUGGUGCCAAAUGGCUCAAUUGUUUACCGGUAGUCUUGGCGGAGUUUUAUGGCCCACGUACUAUAUCACAAAAGUCGUGA